AUGGCCUCCCCUCUCAGAAUCGGUUACGUGCCCGAGCACUUUUCCACCCCCCUCCACUUCGCCAAGCAGUACUUCGGCCUCGACGCCACCCUCAUCCCCUUCCCGUCCGGAACCGGCCACAUGAUUACCGCCAUUCGCGGGGGCGAGAUCGACGUCGCAAUCGGCCUGACAGAGGGCUGGAUCGCCGGCCUCGGCAAGGAAGACGCCCCCGGCGAUGGCGGCUACCGUCUCGUCGGCACCUACGUCGACACCCCUCUGUGCUGGGCCAUUUCCACCGGCGCCCAGCGCCCCGAGAUCAAGUCCGUCGAGUCCCUCAAGGGCGGCAAGAUCGGCGUGUCGCGCAUCGGCUCCGGCAGCCAGAUCAUGGGCUUCGUCCUCGCCGACCAGCACGGCUGGCUGACGCCCUCGUCGCCGCAGCCCUUCUCGGAGACGGUCAUCCUCAACAACUUUGAGAACCUGCGCAACGCCGUCAACUCGGGCGCCGCCGACUUCUUCAUGUGGGAGCACUUCACCUCCAAGCGCUACUACGACUCGGGCGAGAUCCGCCGCGUCGGCGAGAUCUACACCCCCUGGAGCAGCUGGAAGAUCGUCGCCUCCACGGCGCUGGCCAAGGGGGAGGAGGGCCAGAGGCUCGACCCGCGCCUCAAGGACUUGUUCGCCAAGCUCGACCGCGGCAUCCGCCACUUCAACGACAACAAGGACGAGGCCGUUAAGUACAUCAGCACCCGCCUUGACUACUCCGAGGCCGACGCCCGCGAGUGGCUCAAGACGGUAAAGUUCACCGACGGCGUCGAGGGCGUCAAGCCCGAGGUCGUCCAGAGCACCGUCGACAUCCUGAGGAAGGCAGGCGUCCUGGUUGAGGGCAAGGGGAGGCAGCCGGAGGCUAUGGUGGUCAAGGACUAA